AGCCCCGAAUGAUGCGUAUAGGCUACCAUGGACGGCAAGCAGUCGCCUUCACUCGAUAACAUGUAGAUGUGUGGGUGAUGCUCUGAUGCCUCUGACCCUUUUUCUACUCUGUCGCUUGCACUGAUGCAGCUGUCAUAGACACAGAGACACAGACACAUAGACACCACCACAACCGCGUACUCACCCCACAGCCGCCACUACAACAUGUCGUUCAAGCCAGCUUUUGUCGCUGUAGACAUGCAGGAAGACUUCUGUCCUCCGAAUGGAGCGCUCGCCGUCGCUGGCGGGCGUGACAUCGUGCCUGCCAUCAACGAGCUGCUAGACCUCCCCUUCGCCCUGCGCGUCGCAACCCAGGACUGGCACCCGAUCGGCCACAUUUCAUUCGCCUCUAGCCACGGCGCGCCCAACAACAAGCCGUUUGUGUCCAAGGCUACCAUCAAGAACCCGCUGAACCCAGCCGAGACACAGGAGACACAGCUCUGGCCCGUCCACUGCGUGCAGGGCAGCAAAGGCGCAGAACUGUUGCCCGAGCUGAACGCCGCCAAGUUUGACAAGGUCGUGAGGAAAGGCAUCGACAAGCGCGUGGAGAUGUACUCGGCGUUUGCAGACCCGUUUCCCAGCCCGUGCUCGCAGAGCGACCUGGCAGACACGCUGAAGAAGGCUGGAGUUACGGACGUGUUUGUCGCGGGUCUGGCGGCCGAUUACUGUGUCCGAUUCACGGCGCUCGACGCGCAGAAGAACGGCUUCAAGACGUGGGUCGUCGGCGAGGCUACCAAGGCCGUCGACCCGAAUUCGCUCGAUGAGGUCUACAGAGGCUACCAGGAGGCGGGCGUCACGGUCAUCAAGGAGCAUUGGAGAGACGACGAGCAGAUACAGAGGGUAAGGCAGCUUGCAUAGCCCAUACAUCGAUACAUCUGAGACAGCCACGUGUAGUUCCAUGGAUUCCACUAUCAGUCAUGUUGG